UUUCUCUUUGUGCUUGUGGUGUGCGACGCGACCGAGUAGUCUCGAUAGAGGUGUGCUGAUAAUGUAGUGCAAGCAAUUGUAGAGAGAUAAAUAAAUAAAAAAUAAAGAGAGUGAUUUUUUAUUUAUUGUUGAGAAUAUUUAUAUAUUUACCUAAUUAAUGACACAACAUCGACAACCCCCAACAACUAUCCAUCAGCGCCUGACAGCGUCCGCGCGUGCAGCCUCCAGACUCCAGUCCUGUACCCACCACGGCACCACCCAGCAUUGAUCAACGCUUCCUCCGUCCGUCCGGUCCGUCGACCGCCAGCCUCAGGUGGUCCCCGAGGCGGGCCCCUCCAUUACAACCCAUGAAAAGACGACAACGACUUCCCGUGCCCGCCUGCCCCGCGCGGCGAGAAUCCCCACGCCCCAGCCCGCAAUAUGACCGCUUCAUCCAGAUCCAGGCCGCUCACCCAGCUCUCCCCCCUCCCACCCGAACGGGGCUCGUCUGCGUGACUGCGUUCCCCUCGACUCCUCGAGCUGUCUUCCUCGUGGUGCUGCACGCCUCACGGUCUCGGCAGCCACGCCCCGUCCUCCUCCGCCUCCUCCUCCUCCUCCCCCACCCGCGCCGGCGCCGAACCCAUGGACCCCCCAACGCAUCCCCCCGCCAGCUCCUCCGGCGCCUCCUACUCCACUCCGCCCCAGGCCUCCUACGCGCCGUCCUACCCCUCCAGCUACACCAAGUUCAACUCCGCGCUCAACGCUGGGCUCCUCAACCCCAUGUCCCCGCCGCCGCUGCCACUCGACAAGACGCGCUCCAGCCCCACCCUCUUCGACAUGAUGGCCAACGAGCAGGACUACCACCCCCGCACCGCCGCUUCCAUCCACUCCAUCCCGGCCCCGCCCCAGCCGCACUCCCUGCAGCCCGCACGCUCAAUGGACAGGCAGAUGCUGCUUCAGGACCGCAUUGCUGAGCUCAUCGGCAGCUGCAGCCCUGGGAACCAGUUCAACGACGCCGAGUCCUCCGACGUCCGCCUCACCCUCAGCUCCAAGGACGGCCUCUCCGUCACGCUGUGCGUCCACCGACACAUACUCGUCGCGCACAGCAGGUUCUUUGCCGCCAAGCUGUCCGACCGGUGGUCGAAGCAGCAGCGGACGCUGCCGCACAUCGUCGAGAUCUCGGACUGCGACGACGUCGAGGUGUACGCCGAGACGCUGCGGCUCAUGUACUGCAAGGAUCUCCGCCGGAGGCUCAUGCGGGAGGAUGUCAACAAGGUCCUUGGCAUUCUAAAGGUGUCCGCGGCCAUCGUGUUCGAUGCUGGGGUGCUAUCUUGCUUGGAGUAUUUGGAGGCUGCCCCGUGGGCAGAGGAUGAUGAUGAGAAGGUGGCGGCAUUGUUGACACAGCUGCACCUCGAGAACUCAGGCGCCGUGGAGGUGCUUAAGAGGGUCUCACUGGAGUUGGCACCUUCUGCAGUGAUUGAAGAUGCAGAGGCAGGAGGGAGUUGCAAUGGCGGUGGCAGUGCCGGUGAUGGUGAGGUGGUGUUACUGAGGCUCCUGCAGGUUGUCCUGGAAGGGAAAGACGAAAAGGCGAGGAGGGAGAUGAAGGGCCUAGUGUCCAAAAUGCUCAGGGAGAACAGUACAUCACGUGGCGGAGCAAUUGGUGGCGAUCUCCGCAAGGAGUCACUCUAUUCUGCGUGCAAUGGGUGCUUGAGCUUGCUGCGUGAGCAAUUUGUGAGGGCUGCUGGGGGCGACAAAUCUGAGGUGGCGCAGAUUGCCAGGCAGGCUGACAACUUGCAUUGGAUGCUGGACAUCCUAGUUGAACGCCAGAUUGCCGAGGAGUUCUUGAGGACAUGGGCAAUGCAGACUGAGUUAGCGCAGAUGCAUGGUAAAGUGCCAGCAAUACACCGCUAUGAAGUGAGCCGAGUGACAGCUAGGCUCUUUGUUGGGGUUGGCAAAGGGCAGAUUUUGGUGUCGAAGGAGGCCCGUUCCCAGCUCUUGAGCACCUGGCUUGAACCCUUCUACGAGGAUUUCGGAUGGAUGCGGCGAGCAUGCAAGGGGCUCGACCGGCAUUUGAUUGAGGACGGGCUGGCAAACACGAUCCUAACGCUGCCACUUGCAACUCAGCAGGAGAUCCUUCUUGCUUGGUUCAAUCGGUUCCUCAACUCUGGGGAGGACUGCCCAAACAUUCAGAGAGGGUUCGAGGUGUGGUGGCGGCGUGCAUUCUGGAAAAGGAAUGCUGAACCAGAGCAACCACCCCGUUUGAGGAUCACGGCAAUCUAUGAGAACUCUUGAUGACGUUGAUUCAAAUUUGACACAAAAGGUGGUGGAUUUGUGAUAUAAAGGUUGAUUUUGUGUGACCUGUAGUUGUGCCUAACUGUUUCUCUGGGUUCUUUGUUAUGUUUGAUUUUAGGCAAUUAGCCAAUUACACAUGCCAUGUUGAUCUUGUGCAAUGUAUACCAGAUCCAAUGUACCACUAUGCUGCAUCCAUUUUGAAUGAAAGUGAAGUAGAGUGAUUAUUGCCAUCUAUUUUAAGCAACAAAGGAAGGAUUCAAACGCUUUUGAUGUAGAAAUUGUUGUCCCCGAAAAGAAUAACUUAGAUGCUUCUCUAGGUUUUUUAAGCCUGUUUGUUUCUUUCAUUUCAGAAAGGGUGUGAUUUACUUCCAACUCA